CCGAAUUGUAUCAGGGUUAUCCUAAUCAGCGGAUUCCCUUCGACGAAAUAAGAAGACAUCGAUCAGUUGUCGGCUGAAUUUCACGCGAAAUGUUUAGUGCUAAUUUAAUUAAAAGCGGCCGUUUUGUGGCUUUCAACGGAGUCGGUUUCUUUAAGAUUCCGGGACAGAUUGCGGCCAAAAGACCCGACGCUUUAACACCUGUCAGGACCGCAGCCACAACGCCCGGCCUUUGGCUGCCCAAGCUCUCACAGGUCGUCAACGAGAAACGAGCUUUUCAAGAGAAAAAGCAGUCGACUUUCACCGAUCGAAGCCAACUAAAAUAUGCCAGAAGACUAGUGGUGAAAUUAGGAAGUGCUGUGAUUACUCGAGAAGAUGAACACGGACUAGCUUUGGGACGGCUCGCUUCAAUUGUAGAACAGGUUGCAGAAUGCCAGAACGAGGGCAGAGAGUGCAUUAUGGUGACAAGCGGUGCUGUGGCCUUUGGAAAACAGAAAUUGACCCAGGAAUUGCUCAUGUCUCUGUCGAUGAGGGAAACCCUCUCACCUACGGAUCACACAAGAGAGGAUGCUGGCACCCUUCUGGAGCCGCGUGCUGCAGCCGCCGUGGGCCAAUCAGGCCUUAUGUCCCUUUACGACGCCAUGUUCGCCCAAUACGGCGUGAAAAUCGCCCAAGUAUUAGUAACAAAACCCGACUUUUACAACGAGGAGACGCGUCGUAACCUCUUCAGCACCCUGUCGGAGCUGAUCAGCUUGAACAUCGUGCCCAUCAUCAACACCAACGAUGCCGUUUCGCCGCCUCCACAAGUCGACGAGCCGAUCGGAGGCAAAGGCGGCAAAAAGGGGAUCAGCAUCAAGGAUAACGACAGUUUGGCGGCGAUGCUUGCCGCCGAAGUCCAGUCAGAUCUCCUCAUUUUGAUGUCGGAUGUGGACGGAAUCUACAACAAGCCGCCAUGGGAGGAGGGAGCCAGAUUCCUCCACACUUUCACGUCGGAUCUCAGACAUACUAUUGAAUUCGGACAAAAGUCGAAGGUUGGGACCGGAGGAAUGGACUCGAAGGUGAAUGCCGCCACGUGGGCGCUGGAUCGAGGCGUUUCGGUGGUUAUCUGCAACGGGAUGCAGGAAAAAGCCAUCAAGACCAUCUUGUCGGGGAGGAAAGUUGGCACUUUCUUCACCGAUUCCAGCGUCGGGGGGUCUCUGCCCACGGAAAUCGUCGCCGAAAAUGCCCGCGCCGGCGGAAGGGAGCUGCAGAACUUAACCCCCGAUCAGCGGGCCUCUUGUGUUCACACUCUGGCCGAUCUCCUCGUCUCGAAGCAAUCGGAAAUCCUGGACGCCAACGCGAAAGAUUUAUCCGAAGCGACGAAAUCCGGUUUAGCGAAACCGCUUCUUUCCCGUUUGUCGCUCACGCCCGCCAAACUGCGCAACUUGUCGGUGGGUCUGAAACAGAUCGCUGAUUCCAGCCACCAGAACGUGGGUCGCGUCCUCAGGAGGACCAAACUGGCCGAUGGUCUAGACCUCACGCAGAUCACCGUUCCCAUUGGAGUCCUGCUUGUCAUCUUCGAGUCGCGACCGGACUCUUUGCCCCAAGUGGCCGCCUUGGCCAUCGCGUCCGCCAAUGGAUUGUUGCUCAAAGGUGGAAAGGAAGCGGCCCACAGCAAUAAGGCCCUCAUGGAACUCGUUAAGGAAGCGCUCGGGACGGUUGGGGCCACCAAUGCAAUUUCUCUCGUCUCCACUCGGGAAGAAAUCGGCGAUUUACUGUCGAUGGAGCAACACAUCGAUCUCAUCAUCCCUCGCGGUUCGAGCGAAUUAGUUCGAAGCAUUCAAUCGCAAAGUCAACAUAUCCCAGUGUUGGGCCAUGCCGAAGGCAUAUGUCAUGUGUACGUCGACAAAGACGCUGAUUUGAGCAAGGCUUUGAAGAUUAUUAGAGACGCGAAAUGCGAUUAUCCGGCGGCAUGCAACGCGAUGGAAACUCUCCUCAUCCAUGAAGAUCUGAUGCAAGGAGACUUCUUUUCCGACAUUUGCAAUAUGUUGAAACACGAAGGAGUCAAAAUCAAUGCAGGCCCCGUUCUCAACAAGCUCCUCACCUUCGGCCCACCUCUUGCCAAGACGAUGAAGCACGAGUAUGGGGCUUUGGAGUGCUGCAUUGAAGUCGUCAAAAGCAUGGACGAAGCGGUCAACCACAUCCACACCUAUGGAAGUGGACACACCGAAGUCAUUGUCACCGAAAAUUCCGAGAGUGCUCGAAACUUCCAACGGCGCGUUGACAGCGCCUGUGUGUUCCACAACGCCAGUUCGCGAUUUGCUGACGGUUUCCGGUUCGGUUUGGGGGCUGAGGUUGGCAUCAGCACUGCCAGGAUCCACGCUAGAGGUCCCGUAGGAGUCGAGGGACUUCUUACCACUAAAUGGGUGCUCUCAGGGAAUGGGCAUGCCGCUGCUGAUUUCGCCGAAGGGGGAUCAUGCACUUGGCUCCAUGAAAGUCUUCCAGUCAAUUAAAUUUAAUGUUUGUAAUAAUGUAUAUUUUUUGUAAAUACAAUCUGUUAAGUUUUAGAGUGUAAGCUUUUUGUAAAAAUAAAUUGUUGACAAAAA